AUGACAAAGGUGGUCUAUAAGAAUUAUCAGCAUGCCCUCACCUUAAUGUUUGCCAUUCAUGAGAUCAAUAAAAACCCUACACUCUUGCCCAAUAUCACCCUGGGCCUUCACAUCUAUGACAACCAGUUUUAUGCAAGGAUCACAUAUGCAACCAUUCUGGAUCUACUCUUCACCCAACAAAGAAAUGUACCCAAUUAUAAAUGUGAUAGGGGAAAAGAUGUGUUGUCUGUUAUUGGGGGGCUCUCUUUAGAUGCCUCCAUCCAGAUGGCCACCAUUUUGAGCAUCUACAAGAUUCCACAGCUCACUUAUGGUGCAUUCGAGACAACAUUCAGUGGUAAAAGUGAAUUCGCUUCUUUGUACCAUGUGGCACCAAAAGUUAGUACUCAUCAGACAGGGAUUGUCCGGCUCCUCCUGCAUUUCAGAUGGACCUGGAUUGGUGUCAUUGUUUCAAAAGAUGAUGGUGGAGAAAGCUUUCUGCAGAUCCUGAUGCCUUUACUUAUGCAAAACAACAUUUGUGUUGUCUUCAGGGAAAGGAUUGAAAUAAUUGGCAAUGCUCAGUUAGGUUCUCAUGCUGAAAAUAUGAAAAAGUUUCCUGAAAUUUUUUUAUCAGCUGAUGUCAAUGUGACGGUUAUCAGUGGCGACUUUCAGUCUCUGCUUGCUUUAACGAUAGUGCUUGGGAUUCAUGAAUUUGUGGCUAUGUCUUAUGUAGGAAGGGUUUGGAUCACGUCACCUCAAUGGGAUUUCACCAACUCAAUCAGUGCACUUGGCUUCUGUCGAAAAACUUUCCACGGCACACUGUCUUUCUUGGCCCACACAAAUGAAGUACCGGAAUUCCGGAACUUUCUCCAGAACUUAAAACUGGAUAAGACGCUGGAGCAUUUUCUCUGCUUUUUCUGGAUAUCUGUAUUCCAGUGUUGCUUUAACGAAUCACAUUUUACUGGCUGUGAAAAGUGUACAGGGGAGGAAAAGCUGGAGCAUUUACCUCGAAAUCACUUUGAGAUGGAGAUGACUGGUCAGAGCUACAUGAUCUACAAUGUUGUCUAUGCUGUGGCACAUGCUUUACAUGCCAUGUACCUGUCCAGACCAAGACGACUGCCGGAGAAAAGCAAAUCUGAGCAUAUGAAUGUUCAGUCGUGGCAGGUCCACUCUUUCCUGAAAAACAUCCACUUUAACAAUGGCGCUGGGCAUGAAGUCCUAUUUGAGAACGAGGCAUUGUCAACUGGGUAUGAUAUCAUCAAUUGGGUCACCUUCUCCAAUCAGUCUUUCCUUAAGGUCCGGGUCGGAAAGAUUUCAUCGAGCCAAGAAUUCACGAUUGAUGAGAAAGCCAUUGUGUGGAACGGCCGAUUUAAGGAGAUGUUGCCCCAUUCCAAGUGUGUUGAGAGCUGCAAUUUUGGACACAGCAGGACAGUUAAGAAAGAUCAGCCAGUUUGUUGCUACGACUGUACUCCAUGCCCAGAGGACAUGAUUUCUAACAAGACAGAUGCUGAUGAUUGUAUCAAGUGCCCAGAAGAUCAGUAUCCUAACAGGAACAAAGAUCAGUGCAUCCCCAAAGUUAUAACUUUCCUAUCCUACCAAGAGCCCUUGGGGAUUGUUUUGGCUUUCCUUGCUAUUUUCUUUGUUGUCAUUACGAGUGUCACAAUACAGAUAUUUGUGAAAAACUGGGACACGCCCAUCGUCAAAGCCAACAAUCGGACCCUCACCUGUGUCCUUCUCAUGUCCAUCCUGCUUUGCUACCUUUCUUCCCUGCUACUCAUUGGCAAGCCUGGGAAGGUGUCCUGCCUUCUCCACCAAUCAGCCUUUGGCAUCAUUUUCUCCGUCGCUGUUUCCUGCUUGUUUGCAAAAACCAUCACUGUUGUCUUGGCCUUCAUAGCAACGCAGCCUGGGAAUGCCAUGAGGAAAUGGUUAAGGAGAAACAUUUCCCACUCCAUUGUCCUUUCUGGCUCCCUCAUUCAAGUGGGCCUUUGCCUUGCGUGGCUGUCGACCUCUCCUCCUUUCCCAGAUGUUGAUAUGCACUCCAAGGCUGGGCAAAUCGUAGUGAAAUGCAAUGAAGGCUCGGUUACUAUGUUCUACAGUGUCCUGGGCUACAUGGGCUUUCUGGCCACCAUCGGCUUUGCCAUAGCUUUCCCAGCCAGGAAACUGCCAGACACUUUCAACGAAGCCAAAUUCAUUACCUUCAGCUUGCUGAUCUUUUGCAGUGUUUGGAUCUCCUUUAUUCCAGCUUACCUGAGCACCAAGGGGAAAAACACAGUAGCUGUUGAAGUCUUUGCCAUCUUGGCCUCCAACACUGGAAUCCUGGCCUGCAUCUUCCUUCCCAAAUGUUACAUUAUCGUCCUAAGGUCUGAUCUCAACUCCCGGAAGCUACUUAGAGAGAAAAAGAAUUAUUAA